UUUAAUGUUUGUAAUAUAUUUUAAAAUUUUUUAAUAAUGUAGUUUUAAAUUUUAUAACCUACUCAGUCAUCUCCUAGGAUGAUAAAAAAGAGUAUCGGUUUUUCAUACGUUCUUGAGCCUUUUUUGGUCGGACUAUCUUGCCUUAUUGGCACUGAUCAGUUCGAAAUUUUAUUUUACCAUACUAAGGCCUCAAAUAAAUUCCAAUACUACAUACUAGGGAUUACUGUAAUCCUAACAUUGAUAGGAUGUAGUAUCAUUAACUGCGAGAAUAAUUUUAUUUUUAAAGUUUUCUACUUCUCAUAUACUAUUCUUUUGGUUAUAAUUCAUAUGGCAAGGUCUCGGUUUGUUUAUUCCAUAUUAUUUGGGAUUGUUUUCUUGGUUUUAGGCUACUUUUUACUUGAGUUAAAAACAGAAAAUUUUGCCAAUUAUUUCAUUUUACACGUUGGCGUAUUGCAUUUCUUGCUUGUUGUAUUUGUUAAAGAUCGAAUUCACUCACCUUUUAUCAUAACAUUACACACUAUUUGCAUAGGCUAUUCAAUGACACUCAUUAUAGUAUACUCAUGUUCAUACUACUCUAAAUACAAAUCUGGGUUGUUGUGGUUCAUUUGUGGUUUAUUUUCAGCACGGUCAUUCCCUCACCUUUUGAUGAAUUUCGUUGAUAAAAAUGAAGAUCAUCAUAUUCAAGUCCAGUCACUUUCUGAAAGUUUAGCCACAUGGAGGUUUGUGUUUUGCCUCAUAGCAUUCCUCAUGAAGCUCACUAUGGGACAAGCCAAGUAUGAUCCCAUUUCAAAGGGACCUAUUGAAUUAUUUAAAGAUAUAACUAAUAAAUUCACAGAGGCAAGUAAAGAGUUUGAAAAUUUCCCCAAAAGUUUGUUGGAUGAUUUUAAGUGUUUAUUUGACCAUGUAAAAAAGACAAUGUAUUUAGAUUUUAGGGAAAAUAAAGUAGAUCUUUUUGAUAAGAUUUUAAGUUAUUUAACUUUUUAUUUAGGCAACGCUCUUCGUAUAACUAGUUUCUUUUUUAUGUUUUCAGCCGCAGUUAUUUUAAAAUCGGUACCACUUACCCAUUUAAUAUAUUUUCGUUAUUCCGCCCACCAAAAAUUAAUUCUUGAUAAUAUUAAGAGGGUUUGUCAUUUAAUGGGUUGUUGUUUUGGUGUUGCAUAUCCAUUAUCUGUGACAUCAAAUCAUCGUAAUUACUAUAUUGUCACAUUUCUUGUCUAUAUUUUGGAUAUUACUCUUUCUUUUGCACUAGCUUAUCUUGGGCAUUAUUUAUCGUUGCACACUUUGUACACUUUGGUUUCUCUAGCAGGUUUCGCUCUGGGAUAUACAUUUUCUUACUCAUUAGGAGCAUUCUCAAAUAGUAUAUUAAUUCAAACAUGCUCUAAACAGGAGAGACUAACCAUAUUUCCUGAAAAAUAUGAAAACAUUAUACCUUGUUGUGGAGAAAAGUUCAAUGAUAAAUGUUACUGUAGAUAUGAACGAUUUGAACCACCAAAAGAUCUUUUUCCUAAACCUUUUCUGUGCUCCAAAUUCAUUAUGGAAUGUAAAUAUUUGGAAUAUGAUCCCAGUGGAAAUUGUGCAAUAAUAAUUUGUGUUAAUGACUCCAACAUAACCCAAUUGUCCCAAACACCCUGCAGUGAGCAGUGUUGUAAUAAUAAUAAUUGUAAGUGCCUGAGGUUGCUUGGAAUAUACACACUUGACGCUGUUACAACUAGUGUGUGUGGUAAUUGCCAACUAACUGUAAGACUUGAAGGUGUAUGUUCUGAUGGAAAUGGGAAAUGCUCAUUGUGUACAUCAUCAUCAUCGGGCGAAUCCUCCGUAUGUAAUGGUGAAAAGUGUUGUUUAUGUGUAAAAUGUUGCACUGAGAAAACAGUAACUUGCUCUUGCUGUACUAAUUGUGAUCAAGGAAAUUGUUGUUGUAUAAAAUUUUGUUGUUGUGGAGACAAAUGCCCAACUUGCCAAACUAAUUGUCAUUGCAAAAUAACAACAAAGUGCCAACCUAAUGGUGGUACUAGUGAUAGUGAUAGUGAAAAGAUUAAAGAAAAAGAAUACAAAGUCCCAAUAUUUCGUACUAGACUUUUUAUAUAUUUUAAAAAUGGGACCGAGGGAAGUUGUUUAAGGGAGAUAAAACCAAAUACCGUUGAUUUUGAUGGUCAGUUGGAGAAAGGCGAGAAAUGCGAUAAAUCCGAGAUUUUUGAUAUACAAGGAAUAACAUUACUUGAUUGUUGCCACGCUUCUAUGAGAAUUGACUUGCACUGUUCAUUGAGAAAUAACUAUUAUAGACUAAAUGGAGUUAAUUAUCCGAAGAAAUUUGCUGAACCAAACUCGUUGUGCUUAUUUAGCAAACUAAAAGUCUGUUGUGAUAAAACCCCGACUCAGCAAUGUUGUUGUCCAUACCGAAAACUGACAAAGGUUUUUAUAUCACGUGAUCCAGAAGAAAAACCUAAAUGUAAUCAUUCAGAUUCAAAUUCUGGGUCUACCACUAACUGCCAAAAUUGUAAGUCGAUGUGCGAAUUAACAUUAGAUAAGACUAGUUCAUUCGUUAAGAAAGUUAACAAGUUUAGGGUUAAGUUGAUUGUUUUAUCGUUUAUUAUAUUUGGCUUUGUAUACUUUAUUACACAGCUGUUUAUAACGAUAACCAGAUAUAGAAAUCGUCCAAAAUUCUUUGAUCCCAGAGCCACUUAUGAUCAAGUAGACAAAUUGAUAAAAAACAAAAAGUUUAACUCAGUAGACCAAGUGAGUGAAAGAUUAACUUCCUUAAUCAAUUUGAACAGAUUAGUUGAAAAUGCCAAUGCUGAAAAGAUAACUCAUUUGAAAAAAAUGAGUGAAGCAUUAAGUAGAUAUAUGAAUGAAGUGGAACACCUAAGAGUGGUCAGGAACAUGGAAGACAAGGCGUCAAAAUUCCCGCCCAAAUCAAAUAGACAAGAUCUCAGAAAUCUGGAUGAAAAACUAAUUGUGUGGAGUCACUGGGUAGGAUUUUUUUAUGCUUAUGCAUUUCCAUUGUACGUUUACAUUCAAAGGUUCUUCUUUAAAUGGGAAGUUAUGUGGAAUGUUGAACAUGAAAAUUAUAUCAGAUUUAUUAAACCUAAGCUUAACAAAAUAUCACAUACAUCGAGGUACUCACUGACGCUACUGAGUGUCCUGACGCAUACAGAUAAGUUAGUCAGAUCAAUAGGUAUAACCAGAACACAUUCCUGGAUUACUCUUAAAGAGGAACUCAAUUCACUCACAAAACUUGAUCAAAUUGAGAAGAAACUGGACAGACAAGCACUUCCAGCAAGUAUCGGAGAAAGACUCGAAUAUUUUAUAACUACGUGGACACAUAGAAGAAGAUAUUUGGGGAAUUGGAUUGUUAAUAAAACUAACGUGUUUGAUUGGGAAGGAUUCAGAGUAGAUUAUGAAGAAAUAGAAGACUGGAUUGAGAUUGUUUCACCGUACCUGAAGCUUGGGAAUGACUUUGUCAACAUCCCGCUUAAGGAAUUGAACGAAGGGAUAGAACAAUGA